AUGACCCACGAAGACAAAGUCAUCCUCGACGAGAAGGCUGCUGGUUGCGAAGACGCCGCAGCGCUCCAGAACGCGGCUGCCGCCGAGGCAGCCGAGCAUACCAUGACGCUCGCGUCUGGGUGGCGGACGCACAAGCGAGCAAUCUUCUGGUCGAUGGCCCUCUCCUUUGCCCUGAUCAUGGAGGGCUACGACGUCGUUGUGAUCGGCUCGUUCUAUGGCCACCCAAGUUUCUUGAAGCGUUUCGGCGUGCCCGAGCCCAACUCACCUAACGGAUACAUUAUCCCCGCGGAGUGGCAGAGUGCACUCUCGAACGGCUCGAGCGCUGGCGGCAUCAUUGGCCUCUUGAUCAAUGGGUGGGCAGCGGACCGGUUCGGGCCCAAGAUUGUGAUGCAGGUCUCAAUCAUCGCGCUCACCUGCUUUAUCUUCCUCUUCGUCUUUGCCCAGAGCCUCACCAUGCUCGUCAUCGCCGAAGUAUUCUGCGGUAUCCCUUGGGGCGUGUUCCAGACCCUUACAACGACCUACGCUUCCGAAGUCUGUCCGAUCCAACUGCGGGGCUACCUCACAGCCUACGUCAAUCUGUGUUGGGGCGUUGGUAUUCUCCUUUCUUCUGGCGUCGUCAAAGCAACGCUCGACAUUGAGAGCGAGUGGUCUUGGCGCCUCCCCUUUACGCUUCAGUGGAUGUGGGUUAUUCCCCUGUUUAUUAUCGUUUGUUGCGCCCCCGGUUCGCCGUGGUGGUACGUCCGCAAUAACCGGCUCGAGGAUGCCGAGAAGUCGCUCCGCCGCCUCACUAACCCCGACUACGUGAGCGAGCAGGAUAUCAAGAACAAUGUCGCGAUGAUGGUACAUACCAACGAGCUCGAGCGAUCGAUCGAGGAGGGCACGAGCUACCUCGAGUGCUUCAAGGGCAUUGACCGGUGGCGUACCGAGGCUUCAAUGAUGGUGUUCGCCAUGCAACUCCUCAGCGGACAAAACCUCAUCGGACAAGGCGUUCAGUUCCUCCAGCAAGCUGGAAUUGGAACUAAUCUCUCCUUCAGCUUGAACAUGGUCCUGAACAGCAUGUUCAUCAUCGGAACGUUCUUCUCCUGGAUCGCGCUCUACUUCUUCGGCCGUCGCACAAUCUACCUCUCCGGUAUGGGGCUGAUGAGCAUCGUUCUCUUCGUCAUCGGUGGUCUGGGCUUUGUGGGCCAUGACAACCCGCGCCACACUGAUACGACAUUUGCGAUUGGCGGCCUCCUCGUCGCCCUCAACUUCUGCUACAACUCCUCCCUCGGUCCCGUGUGCUACACUCUAAUUGGCGAACUCUCGUCCACCCGCUUGAGGCAGAAGACGAUCGCCCUCUCCCGCAUCGCUUACCAGAUCAUGAACAUCACCUGCGGCAUCAUUGUUCCGCGCAUGCUGAGCCCAACAGCGUGGAACUGGGGUGCCAAGAGCGGCAUCUUCUGGGGAACUAGUGCCUUCCUCUGCACCAUUUACAUCUGGACUCGGAUCCCCGAAACCCGCGGGCGCAGUUAUGGCGAGCUCGAUCUUCUUUUCGAGCACCGUGUUCCGGCGUGGCGGUUCAAGGGCACAAAGGUCGACCAGUUUGGUCAGAACGGUAUCGAAAAACCAGAGGUUGUGCACCUCGAGGAGACGCAGGUCGUGCGCGAUGGUACCAGUAUUUAA